AUGUCUGAGGACAUAUCGUCGCCCAGUUCGUCCGGGUUUGAAGACUCCUUCGAGUCUGACCCACCGUCGGACGUCUCGGCAGACUCGGAGCUUAACACCAUUCAACGUGCUCGAGCUACACGAGUCUCUCGACGUCGAUGGAAGUCUCAAACGCAAAUACUUAACACCAGUACUCUAUUACCGUCGGCAGAGCCAGCAUCAACUUCAUUAUGGACGACAAGAGAGAAGCAGUUCGAGAAGUUCCGCUCCAGUUUAUUGUGUAUGCCUGUUCCUGAGGGAGUAUUUCGGAUUGAAAAGGCAAAAGGGUACUCUUUUCACGCCAUGUCGGUACUGAAUUGGGUACUUCCAGACUCGAUUCUACAUACGUCUGCGAUCCCAGCAGCCAGUGGCAACAACGAGAGCGAAGAAGAAGAAGAACCGCUUAUCACGUUAGGUGUACACGUGAGUCUGUUCCACGCAGUCUCCAAGCGCUUCUUCGGUAAUACUUGGGUCAGUCCAGAGCUGGCAGUCGAUCCGUUCCAGAUCAAACAAGCCAGACAUCCCAAGGACGGCACGUUGCGGUAUGUUAUCGAGAACGCGCCGUUGAAUUUCCGUGCGUAUUUCAUCUCAGACAUCAUUGACGCCAACUGCGUUGGAGUAUUAGAACUCGUGGCAUACGAGAAAGACCCGGACUCCAAGGCGACAGUCCGAGUGGUGGGCUGUGGCUGGACACUGUUGCCACUCUUCGCUCGUCAACAACCGGUACAGUCCGGCACGAAGGACGAGCCCAGCUCCGUUCCAUCAGCUUUCUCGUUGAACACCAGUGGAGACUCUGUCAGUGUGUUUACUGGCAGUCCGAGAGCGCUUUGGGAACUCAAUCCGGACGCUUGGAGUGCACAGGAGAAGCACGAAGGCUGUAAAUUCUACUACCAGAUUGUACAGCACGAACCCAUGCUUUCCAUCGCCAUGUUCGUAAGGAAAAACGAGCUCGUGGGGGCUCUAGAUCCGAUCCCAGGCUUGAAAAAUGGCAACUUGGCUAACAUCGACUUGGGGAAGAAUCCGAAAAUGUUGCUACAAGAGGAGAAUGACACAACGUAUGAAGAAACACUGGCGUCUUAUGUGAAGAUCGCUUCGCUCGUGCCCAAGUCAGUGCAAGUAGAAGACCCGUUCGAGCUUAAUGUGGUCGCUACUCGCGUUGCUAUCAACUUACGCGAUGAGAUCGAAGCCAACCUGGUCUCUCGGCUAAGGAUCAGUCGUACAGCGAUCCACGAAGGAGCCACAAGCGUCGAGGGAGAGAUCUCAGCGCGAGUACUGAAGAUCGCGCUUCACAAUGGACGGUGCUUCCGUACUCGACAGUUUAUGGUACCGCUUAAGGCUGAUCCGAACGGAGGAGAUACACUCUUCUGUGUGCGCAAUCACUCCAAGCUGCGGGGCUUCGUCUUCCACCCGAACAUGGCCAUCGUAGUUGUGUUGCAGUAUACUGUUCACUUCCGGAUCGUCUGGCCAUCUAAGCUCAAGCAGCAGGCGCUUGAGGCGAAGAAACCUCUUCCACCGGACGAAGAUGUGGUGUUAGUGACCAUGGGGGCACGUUCACUGGUCCCUAGUGAUGGCAAGAAGCUCUAUCUGCACGACAAACAUCAUCAUGCAACUGCUGUCUCCACUGAACCCCUGGCAACGCUUGGAGGAGUGCUGUUGCAAGAGCAAGAAGACCAUCGUCGCGUUCUCCACGUCGAUCUCCUAUCUGGAGCUGCUUGUCGUCCUUACUCGGAUAACACGCUGUAUACACCGCCAGAUCAAGUGACGAAGUCGCUGCAAAACCGCGAGGUGUCGCUCAAAGACUCGUUCGCUUUCUGUGAUCUGAAGAUCACAAUUGAUGAAGCAAUAGAGCCACCGAUCGAAGAGACUACAGCUCCGUUAUCACCGGUUAAGCUCGAAUCAGAGACCAACCAAACUGAGGAGAACGAAGACUAUGCUGCGGAUCAAUGGGCAAGAAAGCUACUGAGUAAAGCGAACAACAACGCAGUGCUGGCUCAAACACUCAAUGCGUUGGCGACGUCUCCUACUAACAAGGAGAAACCAGUCGAUCAACGUCCAAAGACCCCAUCGCCGAAGAAACAGGUAGAACGACCUGUGGUCCCACCGACUACAAUUCCUGAAGCUCCAACGUCCGAACUUAGUCGAGCGUCAAAGACUCUCUUGACUCGAUACGGCUACAUGGAUCCUCACGACAAACCUCCCGCGUCUCCGAGUAACCAGAAGACUCACGAUAAACGGAAGAAAGCAAAGAAAAUCGACCUCAUCGCUAAAUCGAUUGAUACAGAGGUGAACGAUCCGUUCAAGGCGAACGAAAUCCGGUUCCACUUUGCAGCGUAUCGAGCAUGUAGCUCUGGUGCUGAAGUGAAGGGUGAUAUGGCUUCUAGUCCCGCCCCGUCUCGAGUGUAUUUCACCUUCCAGUUCUACAAUUUCCCACCUACACGAACGGAGACGCUACGGUUAAGUAAAGCCUUCGACAAUGGAGCAGGUGGAGAGAUGCAAACGUUCCUGCUCAUGCGAGAUUCUGCGGCCAAUAAACCAUCACUAGCGAUCCAGUUUGAUGUGGACACAACGGCGACGAUGAAUCCGUUGGAGACUCGCCGCUUUGCUGAAUAUUUAAAGUGGAACAAUCUGCACGUCGAUGUGUGGGAUGCUGACAGUCUUUUCCAGCUCGGAACGUUUGCUAUUCCUCUCCACGAACUGCUGCGCCAAAGCAAAAGUGUGAAGAAAUUCCAAGCGGAAGUCGAAAUUGCGCCACCACUUGGAGGAACGAUAGCAGACCACGACGAGAACACAGUCUGCACCGUUCCUGCUAGUAACAAAGCGGAUGGAGCGAAUUUUGGAAGGAUUCAGCUUCUCAUGAGCAGCUACGGGUUAAGAGGGGAACACUACAUUGAUCAACAUCCUUCGAAUACUGUGGAAUCCAAGCCAUCUGAAGUUCCUGACCAGCCUAGUAGACCAAAGCACCGAGUUCGUGCUCGCCCGCUAGUUGAAUCAAAUGCUGAACUCUAUCGUCUUCUUUCGCAAGAAGGAUUCUAUGGAGACCGUAUAACCAAGGAUCUUCGGGAGCGAAGGGAGCCUCAGCCUCGUCAGCGACAGGAUCUUAGCAACGCUAAUACGCUCACACCGAAGGAGAUUGCGAUUCUAUGCGAACUAUUCGGGUCGCGUAAGGGUGGAGGUGAUGCAGUUAAACCAACUGGAACCCGUCCAACACGGAUCAAAUGCGACUUGGAGGGUAAAACGGGGUUACUAGCUCUAUUAUCGCUGAGACCGCCGGAAACUAAGACUUCUGGAGCAGUUCCUGUGUCCAAACCAGCUGAAAAACAACCUCAAACCCCUGAAAUUGCCAAGUCUAACCCCCAAGAGCAACAACAGAAGACCUCUGCUCCGGACCACGCCCAACGUUUAAAGCGCGUGAUGGCGAUCGCCACGAAGAACCACCUCGCGCUUGCUGAUGCGUUUGCAGUAAUCGACGUCAACAAGGACGGAUUCUUGUCUCGAGAGGAGUUUAUCAAGGCCAUGCGAUCACUUGGAACAGUGUUUGAUGAUCUCUCAGACGACGAUUUGGGACUUCUGGCAGAUUUACUGGAUACAAACAAAGAUGGCAAGAUCGAGUAUCAAGAGUUUAGAAAAUUUGUCAAGGAACCCACUCAAAUGUCGAAAACGGAGUGGCGAGAUCACAUUAAACGCAUCAUAGUGCGUUCGAUGGAGAAAGGUAUCCGUGUUCACCACGUAUUCGCCGAGAUUGACACCUCGGGAGAUGGAAAGUUGUCGUAUGAGGAAUUUGAAAGAGGACUCAACCAACUGGGGAUAUCUACGGACGACAAGGAAGGCGUCAGAGAACUACUAGCGGCACUAGAUAAAGAUCAUGAUGGCACGAUCUCCUACACAGAGUUUUUGGAGUCAUUAGGGAUUUCGGUCGAAGAAAACAAGAAAGAAAUGGUCAAAGAGACAGUCAAGGAUAUUACUGAAGACGUUCGUGUGAUUCUAAGUCGUCUAACGAAGAAAGGCAUCGGCUUUGAGGAAGUAUUUGUGCAUUUCGAUACUGAUAAGAACGGUACUUUAUCUGUGGAGGAGUUUACAAAUGCUCUUAACCAGCUACUGCAACUUGACAAGGCUGGUGAUAACACACUGAAGACAUUCGAGCGAGAUGCUGUGGAGGUUUAUGUGAAAAUGAUCAAUGCAGAUGGGGAUACGAACAUCGAUUACCGUGAAUUCUUGACGGCUUGUGGCGUAUCUGGCAAAGAAAUGCACGAAGAAAUGACGCAUUCCCAACAAGCAGCUCGAGAAAAAGCCAACCGGAAGCUGAUCAAGCUGAUUGUUCGUGCUUGUGCUAAUGGAAUGACUAUUGAAGACGUGUUCAAACAGUUUGAUGCCAACUCAGACGGUAAUAUCUCCCUCACCGAAUUCCAGACAACAAUUGAGAAACUCUUCCUUGGUCAAGGGAUGACUGCAGAUGACGCAGCCCUUAUAGCUGCUCGCUUUGAUACAAACCGAGAUGGAAUGAUCUCCCAGCGCGAAUUCCAAGACUUUGGAGCAGAACUCCGCACAAAACAACAGUCUUUGUCAGGUAUUUUCCUUCCUCACUUUGACAAACUGUCGAAACUUGAUGUAUCCUCGAAAUUGGCAGCACAGAAGUGGACGUCGUUUUGUCAGGAGCUUGGAUUAUCCCUUCGAGUACUUAGCACGGAGGUGACGCCUUUAAUGACGUACUUUGGGUUUGCGGAAGAAGAAGGUAAUGUGGACGUUCAGGAGUUAUGUGCUCUGUGUAAGACAGUACAAUCAGCCAAAUCGCUAUCAACAAAGGACGCCGCAGUGGACCGACUACGGACGCUGUUGGUAAAGGCAAAAGAUCAAGGAGUUGACUUAAAUAAGAGUUUUAAUCAUUUCGAUUCUAACAGUGAUGGCGAGAUUACACGUGUUGAGCUCAAGCGUGGUUUAAUAGCGCUCGGGUGUUUUAAAGACAUGGAGGAAACAGAUUUUGACACGCUGUUGGAGCAACUUGACGAAGAUGGUAGUGGCAAGAUUGAUUUAAGCGAGUUUCGAGUGCUAUUGAAUGGUAAUGGGGAUGUGAAUGACAAUGAAGAGUUGAUGAACAAACUUAAAGCGCUGAUGGAAAAAGCGGUUGAAAAGGGGGUCUCUGUUGACGCUUGCUUUGUGCACUUUGAUAAGGAUGGAGACGGAAAAAUUAAGAAGGAGGAGUUUGUGACGGCAAUGACGGAACUAGGAUUCGCAGCAGAUAAGUCUGUGAUUAAUGGCGUUAUUAAGCUUCUUGAUCGUAAUGACAGUGGAACCAUUUCACUAUCGGAGUUCAAACAGCUCUUCCCUACAUCAAAACUUUUGGAGAAGAAGGAUGAUAAGAAAGACUCUGAGCCACGAUCAACGGAGGAGAAGGCACCUACUGAAGAUGCUAAAACCCCGUCAAAGACUCCGUUUCCUAAACCGACAACGGAGGAUAAGCUACACAAGCUGCUGCUGAGCGCUGACGCUAAUGGAGUUGACGUCAAAAAGUGUUUUGCCCAUUUCGAUAGCGACAACAGCGGAGUCAUCACGAAAGAUGAGUUUGUCACGGCCGUUAAGCAGCUUCCUGGGUUUGAAAAUGUGUCGGAUGAAGACACGUUGGCGAUUGUCAGGAAACUUGAUAAGGAUGGAAGUGGAAGUGUGUCGCUCGAGGAAUUUGAGGCGCUUUUGAGGGAACCAGAGACCCAAAAUGCUGGAGCAAACCUUGACGAUGCCACACGACCAGUUCCAUCUACUCCGAAGAACGAUACACCAUCUGAAAAUACCAAAACUUUUGAUACUGUCGAGACAGGUAAGCCUGCUGACGCCACGUCAGUAGAUAACAGUGAUCAAGCCACAGAUGACGUAUUUCAAACGGAUGGACGUGGAGAUGAAUCGGUUCCUAUAGCAGUAGAUCAUCCCAGUAACGGCAUGGACACUGAGUCAGAGGUAACAACAACAAAGGCAGGAGAUGAAACGAAAGAUCUGUCUGGUCCAUCUCCAAGCGACCCAGAGGAACCAGUCAGAGAUGAUAAGGCUCCAACGAUGGCUAGCUCCGCGGAUACUUCACAAGCCAAAGGGCCAUCUGAGCGUCCAGCGCGUUCGUCUUCGUUCGGUAAGGGUAAUGCUCCAGCCUCUAAAUCCCCAUUUCGGCGCACAACCGCAGACUCAACAACUGUGAGUACCGAUGUAGCAAAGGAGGAGGGGUCUGAGGAGCCCAAGGUUUCUCAGCGAGCAUCAUUUGCUGCAGUUAGAGCAGCCAAGCGGGCAGAAAUGACUGCGUCUGUGGCAAAACCCGAGGAAGCCAAGAGUUUGUUGAGCAAGGAGGCAUCAAACGGACUGGUAAAACUGAAGAGGCUGCUUCAAACAGCGUCCGAAAAGGGUGUGGCAGUCCAGCAGUCCUUCAAUCAUUUCGACAAGGAAGCCAAAGGAGUGAUCUCAUACGAGGACUUCGUGACAGGACUGCGGGAACUGGGCGCCGACUUCGUAAAACUUUCCAACGAAGACAUCGCUGCAAUGGCCAAGUCAUUGGAUUCCAAGCAACAAAGCGGACUUCGUGUGGGAGAUUUUGCUUCUUUCCUGGAAAUCCCAGCAGUGGAAGGAAGUACCGAAGUGGAAGGAAGCACCGAGAAAUCUACAGCAACUGAAGAUCAACCAGCAAAAUCGACUGACACUCAAGAGAUCGCAACAGCAAGCAAACGUCCGCCACUGCUACGUCGCUCUGGUUCUGGACAGAUACCAGCAAAGAAGGCGCCAAGACCAGCACCCGGUACUCAAAGCGCUCGAACAACAGACACGCCAUCAACUGUCGUUCAAGACAAACCCUUGAAGUCAAAGCCAGUGGAAGUGUCUACACCAACGAAAAAGGUCGAAAGCGCCUCAGAACCAGUGGGAAGUACUUCAGAACAAACGACGAAAGACGUCAAUGAGAAGGCUGUGCCACUGGAAAUUACUCAACAACAGACACCAGUAGCAGCGAGCCUUGACUGCAACUACUCCUUCAACAGUAACCCGGAGAUUCGAGCAGUGGAGCUCAAGCUGCGCCAAACUGCUCUUGAAGCUUACCAGCGUGGCAUUUUACCGCUACGUGUGGUCUCCAAGUUCCUCGAAGAUGCCGACGAUCGUCGUGGUCUAGUACCUGGUCGUGAACGCACUCGUAAGAAGCGAAGCGAACUGCUUCGAGUGGAGUUUCUUCAGGUUUUGAUGGAGCUUGGCUUCACUUUACUCUCCGAUCGAGACGACGAGUUCAGUGGAGGAAUGCCGAAGCCUGUGACGAAGAUGAACGAUCAUCUGUAUGCUCGACAACUUGAGCGUCUGUCACGAUACAAACAGCACAUUAGGAGUGACGAGGCCAAGGCACACAAACAACUAGUUCGAGCUGUUGCUAAGACGAAGGAGCGGCAGCAGUACAGUAACCAACAAGCGGAAGAAAGUCUUCGUCGCUUCGAGGACGAGAAGAAUCAGCUACUUCGUGUCUUGUCUUACUAUCGCGAUGGCCACAAGAAGUCGCUCGUGUAUUCUCUGCUUCGUCAACAAGUGACCACGUCGCUUACGUUGUUCCCGUCGUUCGGUGAUAUCUUGUUCUUCGAGUUACCAUUCACCAAUCCGUACAACCACAACGACCGCUUCCGCAUUGAGCUGCUGCUUCCUUCCUCUCGAGAGAUCGCUGUGGUCUUGGAUCUCGAGAUCGUGCGCAGUAGUGAGGAAUGGACAUUCUAUCGUGAGAAUCUACCGCUUUCGUACGGCUUCAUCACUUCGAACGCACACAUUGAAGACGAAAUGAUCGACGACCACAACGAAGUCGUCAUGGAAUCUCACGACCAGCUCCAUAUCCCCAUGCGACUACGUUGGCUCGACACUGGCAAGGAGCAGAGCAACUCCAAGAUCCCGGUCUCGGUCGUGAUCAAGAGCUGUUCACACAGACACACCGUCGCGCUGUUUAACAUCGAGUUACAACCACAGCCUUUUGUGUGUCACCGCGUGCUGCGCUUCUCCCAUCCAGCGUCGUCUAUCUGGCGCUGGAAACUGAGAUACCCCAAAGGCAAGUACGUUGUUUGUAUGGAUCCCAGUGUGGCUAUGGAACUGCUGCGUAGUGGUCAAGACGACGCUGUUAACAGCGGUCUCGCCAGCUUCAAGUGCAGAGUGGGGGACUAUCCUGCACUCGAAACCUUCUUUGUUGUCCUGUACGACGACAUGUACUAUGCACGGGUGUUCGAAGUGUGGCAGAUCCGCAUCCAGUCGAAACUACGAGUUGAUGUGCAUGCAGUUCUAGGCCAAAGUGUGCGGCAUGAGCUCGUGAUCAAAGGAGACGGAGGCUCGUCGAGUCACAAACGCCACGUCAUGUGCUUCACGCCGAUGCAUCAGCGUGAGUUGGUGCAGUUUCGACCUGCUCAAGUGUUCACGUUGACGCCUCAAGCCUUCAAUCGCAUUGAGUUCGCCUUUUGUGCUGUCGAGAAUGGAGCUGACACGCAGAUGGUGAUGCUCGUGAACCUCGUGGACGUCGAGACACACGAACUUGUAGGCGCUUGGAGUGUCCACGUGACUCUCGCAUUUCCAGUCAUCACCAAGACGUACGAACUGCGACUACCAGUGGGUCGAGCCGCACAGAAGAAGAUCUCGUACUCGAAUCCUUGGGAUCAACCGCAGACCAUCACACUGCGAUCCAGUGCACCCAAACUUCUAGUACCUCGUGAACCUGUCUUACAGCUACCUAGCAAUGGCCAGGCCUUCUUGAGACUUGCGUUCACUGCCCGUAAUCAGGCAGAUUCGGUGUCCCAGGACAUCUACCUGUUCAUCAACGACAAGCGUACAGACCAGAACGAAGAGUGCUUGUUGUUCCAGGUCACCUACGUGUGAGCCACAAAGAUACUUGCUAUAGAUUUCGCUGCAUGUUCCUCGUUAGGAUCCAAUCCAACGUCCUCGGUG